AUGGAACUUGCGGCAGGAACAUCAUGCUCAAGUUCAACAUCGUGCGUGACCCAUUCAACCUGCAAUCAAGAUGAUGAAAAUGAUAAAACGUGCACUUGUUACCCAGGAUUCGUGACGGAUAUCACUGGGCUUUGUAGUAGUAAUAGGCAUGAUUCCACUGGAAAUCUCUACAUUGUGACAGCAAUAGGAUCCCUGAGUGCGGAAGAGUCCUGGGGUUCAUCUCGUGCACAAUGCCUUAGAUUGGACUGCAGAAAAAUAAGUCAGCUGGAGUCGAAUCCGGAGUUCAAACAAAUGCCAGCUGGAGGAUCGUGCUCAAGUUCGACGUCGUGCGUAGCUCAUUCAACUUGCAAAGAAAAUGAUGAGGGAAAAACCUGUUCAUGCUACCAGGGAUUUGUGGCAGAUGAUAUCACUGGCUUGUGUAGUGAGUGA